UGCAACUUGGUAGGGAUCGGAAAGGCUCGGCGAGGGAGGCAAUAUUUUGCAGUCCCUACCGAAAUGGUACUUAUGAUCGAACAACCUGACAGAGCCUUGACUCCGCUAUCGACGCCAGAAGUUGUAAAAUCCGUGCGGACAGACAGAAAAGACACUAGGACAACACAGUUGAAUCCAGAGGCUGAAAAUGGAGAGGACAGACAGAGAAGAGUUGGGAAGACAGGUGUCGACCCUCAGCUGUCUGUUGAAACUGAGCCUGACCUCUCUGAGAGCAGAAAGAAGCCACCACUAACAAGAUUCAGACCUGUUGAUCAGCCCCCUCUAUUGCAAAGUCCAACUGACUGUGAGUCAAAGAUAGAAAGGAAGAAGUCACAGUCCAGCCAGCUCUCCAAAGCAAAUGCACAGUAUCACAAAAUCUUCAAAGAAAUAAGCAAGGAUGAGAUACUCAAACAAACUUAUACCUGCGCCUUGCAGAAGGACAUUCUUUAUCAGGGAAGGUUGUUUGUCUCUGACAACUGGAUCUGUUUUCAUUCCAAAGUCUUUGGCAGAGGCACCAAGAUUGUUAUACCAGUCCUCUCUGUCACGCUUAUUAAGAAGACAAAAACUGCCCUCCUUGUGCCAAAUGCACUUGUCAUCACAACAACAAGUGACAGGCAUGUAUUUGUAUCAUUCCUUUCACGUGACACCACCUAUAAAUUCCUAAAAUCCAUCUGUGUUCAUUUAGAUGUAAAAAAUGCCAGUAGCCCAGUCACCUCAUCAGCAGAGAACAGCUUCAGAGCAGGCUGUCCAACAUCUCUUCCUCUGGACUUCUCUGCAGAUCUCUCUGAUUUAGAUGGAGUUGUCCGCCAGAGGAGACACGACAUGCUGGAGAGCAGCAGCUCUGGCUCUCAGACUCCAGACUAUGAGAAGAUUGCUGAGAUCCCAAACCUUUCUGAGAAUUUCUUAAACGUUGUGAAGAAUGGAGAGGUGGCUGUCCAUGCAGAUAUUCACCUUCAGAACCCCAACAUAAAAAACAGGAAUGGCACUAGUAAUCCUGUCUUGAGUGUUGAGCACCGAGAGAAAUCGUUGCAGCCUGUGUCUUUGAAUACACUUCUACUCAUCUAUUUGUUCUUAGUGUGUGUGCUUGUUUUGUCUACGUGUUACAUGGCCUUUAAGAUUCUGGCUCUUGAGCAGAGACUGAACUCGCUUGGUUCACUGGGAGAAUACUCACACAGUGUAAAUGCUAUGCACCAUAAAGCUCAGCCGGAGGUCAGCUCAGAGAUCUACGGAGAGCUGUCCAUAAACCUGUUCAAACUAGAAAAGAUUCAGAGGAACCUGCGGAAGCUGCUGGAAGAAACUUGACUGUCUCCAUUUCCUAGGAUGAGAGCUGCAGCCUUUGUAAAAAAAAAAAUGCUUGGAACACACUGAAAGGCAUAGAUUUUGAAUGAAAGAAUUCAUGAUUGUGCAAUAGCAACACUCUUUUGGUCUUCACAUGACCAAAUAACUUUUUUGUACCUGAGAAAAAACCCCAUUUCAUUCUUAGUAGUUAAAGAAGGAAAGAUAAGCUUUAUUCCUUGUACUGUACUAUAAUGGGAUGUUGGGUAUAAAUUGGUCCUAAGGACCCAUCAUUUUCACAUGUUCCUAACAUUUCAGAUCAUGUAGCCCUGCUGUUCAGUCACUUUUGUUACAGAUACGAAUUGCCAAUAAAAUAUUUAUACUUUGGUUUAGUUAUUUCCUGUUGUUUAUAGUAAACACACAUGAGAUGUGAGAUUUACAAUUAUGUUUUUGAUAUCUUACCUGCUGUACCUUUUGUGCAGAA